GAGUCGCUUCCGCGCGCUCAAAAUAUUAUUUUCAAUCGCGAUGAUUCUUUUUUAUACCAAUAACUCUUCAGUGACUGUUAAAUUGUUAAACAAAGACUCAAAAAAUGGAUAAUAAUGUUUAGUGAACAAAACAAGGUGUUGUCAGUGAAAGAUUUAAUGACAGUUUUUCGGUUGUGUGAUCCCGACAGGACUGGCAGGAUUAAAAUAGAUUAUUUACAAGAACUUGCUCACAGUUUCACACCACAGACGGACCACCGUCAGGAAAUAAACAAUAUUCUUGAUGAGCUGGAUCCAAACGGAUAUGGAACGCUGUCGUUCAAGGAAUUUUGUUCCGGUGUUCGUGCCAUACGACGCCGUCAGAAAAUUCAAGAAAGAAAGUAUUCCUUGAGAAAACUCAAAGAGAGCAUGAUGUCGCCCACCACGGCAGCAACAGACUCGACGAUGGGAAAUGGCAGCGCAGGCCCGGAACCGAGUUUUCUUUUGAAUCCACCAGACAGUCCUCGUCCUGCUGAGCAGAGUAAAAGUCAGUGCUCCUCCCUGUCGGACGGCGAAAACUACGAAUGGAAUGGGGAAGGUGUUGACAUCGACGCCGACUCGGGGAUUUCCAGCGACAGGAAUUUAGGAGACGGUAUUAGAACGAGAAGCCCAUCUUCAGGUAUAAAUAGGCACACAUGGUUACGAACCAGCUUGAGGAGGACUUCAUCAAGCAACCCAGAUAACUUGCCAAAUCGGAGAUGGGGUUCCUUCAGGCACAACGGAAAAAGGCAACUCGGGUCGAACGCUUUAGCCAGUGAUUACAGUCAAUUAUACCGCAGCUCCAGUUUCAAUUCAUCAGGGAGGAGCAGCACAUGCGACACUGCCGAUGACAUGUACUCUGAUGCUUCCUUAGAAGAAGAUGUGCAUGAUCUACAUCACAAAUUCCAAGUGCUCCAGCAGCAAGUGGGCGUGCUCCAAGACUCCGCAAACCAGAACGAUGAGAGAUACACAAGGGCCAAGUCCGACAACGCUGCCCUUCAAGCCAGGGUAAUAAUGUUGGAGGAACAACUGAGGGACACUGAGAUGAGAUACGAUGAACGUUUGCAGGACGAACAACGGAGGUCCAGAGAAAUGCUGAAUAGAUUAGAACGAGAGAAACAAUUACAGUUAGAAAAUGCCAGUAUUCGACUCCACGCCGCUGAAACGGAAGCAACGAAUUUGAAGGAAGAAGUAGCCAGACAACGGAUACGAAUAGAGAAACUAGAAAACGAGAGAAAAGAACUGACGGAUCAAAUCCAGGAUCUGACCAAUGAAGUGAUACUCGCGAAAGAGCAAGCUACUAGUUUUAAGGAGAAAGAAAGAAGACUGAACCAAGAACAUGAAGCACAAGUCCAACUAAUCGAAGAAUUAUCACGGGAAAUCGAGCGGUUAAGAUCCGAAGCUAGGACUCCAGCGCUACCAACUACCUCACCUGAAACGAUACGACUUGAAGAACUUCACGAAGAAAUUACGAAUUUGAGAAACAAAAAUACUCAGUUACAAGAAGCUAAUGAUGAGUUACAAGCUAGUCUACUGCAUGCUGGCCUGGAGCAAGGCAGAAUGCUCACAGCUGGCGAAAACAAUCUUGCUGCAGAGUUGGAGGCCAUGACACAUGACGAGCCUGUCAUUCCACAUGAUCGCGAAUCUGUAGCUAAGAUGCAGCAAGCUCUCAAGGAACAACAGGAGGUGAAUCUGCAACUGAGGUGCUAUAUUGAUGGAAUUUUACUCAAUAUUGUGGAAAAUUAUCCACAGUUACUUGAGGUAAAGCAUAGGUCUGCAUAGUCAAUAAUGAAUUAGGAUAUUUGUAAUUUAGUGUUGAAUUUUGUAUAUAGAGUUUAUAAGAUGUAUUAUCAUUGUUGCGAAUACUUGUAUAUUGGUAUUAUGUAUAAUGUAUAUAAAUGUUAAAAGUAGCUCAAUGGUCCGUCCAUUAUGUGAUUAGACACUGUGAUUGGUGGAUGUUAUAGAUUGCUACUUAACAUUAAUUUUAUAAUUCAUUCAAGUGCCUCGCUCUAGAAUGUUAAUUUUUAUUGUUGAUCUUGAUAACUUUUAUAACAGACCUCAACAACAAGGAAAGUUUUUUACUACAUAUUAUUCGAAGUUAUUUUACUCUGAACUAAUGUAAAAAAUAUAACAGGUUUUAAUUUAUUAAUUGUUACGUGUAUAUUUUUGUAAAGUUAAAUUUUAAUGCUACUUGUUCCCAGUAUUUUAUAAAUAUUUGUAUAUUUUAUAUCGUCAGUAGUGAACCGGCCUACUUUUAACGCCUAUCUGUGUACUUAUUCAAUUAAGUUCAUUCAGGUGUAACUAGAGAAAUAAUUUGUUACUACAGUUAAAUAAAUCUAGAUUGGAAUAUU